CCAAAAAUCGUUCACAGCGUAGUCGCUUUCCCAUUCCCACUACUUGUGUAUUUUCCCAAGGCAGCAGCCAGCGAAGACAAUCGAUAAAAGAGUAACCGACAUUGAUCAACACCCAAAAGAUCAACAAGGAAAACCUAGCUAAGAAAUUCCAAAGUAACACAUAAGGGUAAAUGACAAUAUUGUUCCAAAUAUUGUUCAAGUCUCAGAAAUUAAUUUUCUCCGUUCAGAAAAUUUAUUUCUCUCCGUUUACAGUAAUUAACGAAUAUUCACUUUUGACUUUUCAACCUUUUGGCAUCACUCUUGGCGUUUUAUUUAUUUAUUGGGACGAUUCAGGGUUGUCCAAUUCAUCGUAGCAGUGCUGCACCUUUAUUUUUAUAGAAUAUCUUCUACUCAUUGUCACAUCGGUCUAAUUAUGAAAAAGAUGCCGAAUCUCAAGAACCUUCGAAUGAUACGAGAAAAUCAGGCGAAAACUAAGAAAGGGGACAGCCCAAGUAGGCGCGCUGCUAUAACGGCGCAAAUCCAUAACUCGCAAGAAACUUUCUGGCCCGUAUCAAUUUUGUUGCCAUUCACUUUAGCUCGAUGAGAGAAAUCGUUUAAUACUAAAUUUUAUAAGAUACGGAAAUCUUGAAGCAAGUUAUGGCAUUGCGCCGUUAUGGCCGCGCGCCUACUUGGGCUGUACUCCUAAGAAAGUUACGGUCUUACUUUGAACUGGCCAAUGGAGAAGCGGCUAACUUUGAAUCGACCUUUAAAGAUUUUUCCGGAAACUAGAAAAAUUUUCUAUUUUUUAUCGAGAGUUUUGGAGUUUUAAUUUAUUAUUUUAUUUUUAAUUUACCAAUUUAAGCUUCUUUUAGUUCAGUAUUUUAAUCAAAAUCAAUCAUUUACAAAUAAAAAUGUUCGCUCCUCUCGCUUCUCGCCAAGUUGCUAUUAUUGCUCGUUCAUCGAAUCUUCGUCAAUUUGUUGGUGGAUUUCAUGUUCAAGCAAUCUUUAGCCCAAACCAGGCAAUGAUGUUUAGUACAAGUGCUGUUCGGAAGGAUAUUGACAGUGCUGCGAAAUAUAUUGGAGCAGGAGCGGCAACUGCUGGAGUCGCUGGUUCUGGUGCUGGUAUUGGGAACGUUUUUGGAUCGUUGCUCAUUGGCUUUGCUCGCAAUCCUUCUUUGAAGCAACAACUCUUCUCUUAUGCAAUUCUCGGUUUUGCAUUGUCCGAAGCUAUGGGACUCUUCUGCUUGACUAUGGGCUUUCUGAUUUUGUUUGCUCUUUAG